CCCUGCAACAACCGGGCAAUAUUCUGAGACCUUAAAACCUCCUCCCUAGGGUUUAGGCCACCUCCGAGGGAAUCGAAGAGAGAGAAUUAGGGUUUCUCCUCCUCUUCGCGCCAUUCGAAGGAGAGGAUUCCUCUCCUUCCUCGCUCUAUUUCUCUUCGAAUUCCUUCCCCCCCUCACCAAUGGCGCGAUCCGUUCGCGCGGGGCUCUCCUUCUUGUUCGCGCGGAGCUCUGUCGCUCCCAACUUAGACGCGUCUCCUCGUCGAUUCAUCUCGCGAGUUUGCGGAUCUUCUCGGGUUUUCGCCGAUGAGCAAUCCGAAUCAGAGGGAUUGAAGAGCGGGUUUCAGAGUGGAGUUCCACGCGGGCAAUGGUGCCCGAGCAGGUCGUUCCAUGGAACGAGAAAAUUGGCUGUUAGAGACUAUUAUGAUGUGCUCGGAGUGAGCAAGAAUGCUAGUGCAUCUGAGCUAAAGAAAGCCUAUUAUGCGAUUGCAAAGAAGCUUCAUCCUGAUAUGAAUAAAGAUGAUGCUAAUGCAGAACAGAAGUUUCAAGAAGUCAAUCGUGCCUAUGAAGUUUUAAAGGAUGACGAUAAGCGUGCAACUUAUGACCAGUUGGGAGCAGAUGCUUAUGAACAAGCUAAUUCAGGAGGUGGCCCAGCUGAUCCUUUUGGAAGUGCUGGCUUUGAGCAUCCAUUUGGGGACAUGUUUACGGAUAUAUUCGGAAACAUGUUCACCAUGAAAGAAGGGGGGCAAGAUGUCAAGGUUUCUAUUGAACUGUCCUUCAUGGAAGCAGUUCAAGGCUGCAGAAAGAACAUUACUUUUGAAGCUGAUGUUCUUUGUGAAACUUGCAAAGGAUCCGGUGUUCCUCCUGGAACCGUACCUCAAACAUGUAAAGCUUGCAGAGGUUCUGGAAUUAUAUUCAUGCGGCGGGGUUUAUAUAGUUUGGAAUCAACUUGUUCGAGGUGUAAUGGAACUGGGAAAAUUGUAUCGAAUUUCUGCAAAUCAUGCAAGGGAGAACAAAUCAUGAAGGGGAAAAGAUCAGUCAAGCUUGACAUAAUGCCCGGAGUCGAUAAUGGUGACACUAUGAAGGUAAGUGGAAGUGGUGGAGCAGAUCCUGAUCGCAGUAGACCUGGUGAUCUUUAUGUUACUAUCAAGGUGAGGGAGGAUCCCAUCUUUCGAAGAGAAGGCAGGGAUAUCCAUGUAGAUGCUAGAAUAAGCUUUGCUAAGGCAAUAUUGGGAGGAAGCAUCACAGUCCCAACUCUUACGGGGAAUGCUUCUCUCAAGGUUCGACAAGGUACCCAACCUGGAGAAAAAGUUGUUUUAAAGGGGAAAGGUAUAAAAACAAGAAAUUCUGCGUACUACGGGAACCAGUAUGUUCACUUCAAUGUCACCAUUCCAUCAAAUCUGACACCAAGACAACGCACGUUAAUUGAGGAGUUUGAGAAAGAAGAGGAUGGAGAAACACUUCGUAUCGCAGCCGCAUCAGGGUGAAAAAGCAUUAACUGAUGACAUUCAAAUUCUAAAAUGUUGGGGGAUGUAUCUCUGCUAGCUUUCAGUUUAAUUUUGUAACAUAUGUACAAUGAUCUAUAGUUAGUUCGAGGUCUAGAGUUGCAAUUAAGCUUAAGUUAAUUUAUACCUUAAGCCUUUAGCAAUAAGCUAUAUAGGGGACUUCAAGUUACUCAUUUUGACAUCUCAUUUUGGGGGUAAUAAAACCUUUUAAAACAUUGGAAAUGUUA